CACGUCCCAACGCAGGCAGCUGAGGACCUGCUCUGCACGGCGCUGCUCUGCUUCCAGAAGGGUCUGGAGGUGCAGCUGAGGGAGAGAGCAGCAGAGAGGAGGGAAGGAGGAAGGCUCCUGUCCCCAUCUGUGCCAGCGCAGCCCUCGCUGUCCCACUGCCAUCCUCUGGAGCCCGUCUGAUUUGUGGCAUUCCACAGCUCACUGGAGCAGCCAGGAAUGUUGGUCGCUGCCAGCGCAGCCGCUCCGCUCCUGGUGCUGCAGGAGGAAUGAGGGCUGGGGGGUCUGUGGCGCUGUGGCCCCCCAGCUCUGUGCCCUCCGGCUCUGGCCAGCAGCCUGUAGCUGGGCUCUCUGGGCUGCCCUCUGCCUCUCAUGGAGCGGGCUGCGCCCUGGGGGUUUCCAGCCCCUGGGACCUUUUCCUAGCAGCCGCUGGGUCGCUGUGUUGUCACCCAGGGCUCUCGUGGCUGAAUGCCCCGCAGCGUUUGCUCCCUGCACUGCUGUCCUGCUCGGGUUCUCUUUUCUGUUUCCAUAGCUGGAUCCCAGGCUUUCCAGCAAGGAUGAGAACCUGCAGCUCAGUGCUUUUCUGCUGCAGGCUGGGGUUUGCUGACCGAGGGACUCGCACUGGGCGCUCUUUGUGCCUUUACUGAUUCACAAUCAAAAUUCGGUGUUUCCUGCUCUUCCCAAGUGCUUUAAGUGCCGUUUCUUUCUCCCUCUGCCUUUGGAUGCGGGGGGCCGAAUGCUUUUUCCUCACAAAGCACCGAAGCAGUGGUGGCUGGGAUGAGCAGACGGGCCUCCAGCGCCGGCUGUCCGUUCCGAGGCGCCCAGCAGCGCGAGGAGCCGCGCUGUCACCGCAUCGGCGCUGCUCCUUUAGGAGCAAACCCUGCCCCUGAGCCGUGUCCUUUGUGCCCUCCUGCAGCCAGCUCCAUCAAGGUGGAGAUGUACAGCGAUGAGGAAGGCAGCCGGCUGCUGGCACAGGAGGAUCGCAUGCUGGAAAAGGACGACAGCGUCAUCGUGGAGGAUUCCCUCUCGGAGCCGCUGGGUUUCUGCGACGGGCCGGGCCAGGAGCCGCAUUCCCCCGGUGGCAUCCGGCUGCCCAACGGCAAAUUGAAGUGCGACGUGUGCGGCAUGGUGUGCAUCGGCCCCAACGUGCUGAUGGUGCACAAGCGCAGCCACACGGGGGAAAGGCCGUUCCACUGCAACCAGUGCGGGGCUUCCUUCACCCAGAAGGGAAACCUCCUUCGUCACAUCAAGCUGCACUCCGGGGAGAAACCCUUCAAGUGUCCCUUCUGCAAUUACGCCUGCCGUAGGAGGGAUGCGCUCACUGGACACCUGAGGACGCACUCUGUCUCUUCUCCCACCGUUGGCAAACCCUACAAGUGCAACUACUGCGGCCGCAGCUACAAGCAGCAGAGCACGCUGGAGGAGCACAAGGAGCGCUGCCACAGCUACCUGCAGAGCCUGAGCACUGAGCCGCAGGCGCUGGUCGGCCAGCAAGGUGAUGAAAUGAGGGACCUGGAGAUCGUGCCAGACUCCCUGCUGCACCCUUCCGCCGACCGGCCGACGUUCAUCGACCGCCUGGCCAACAGCCUCACCAAGAGGAAGCGCUCCACACCUCAGAAAUUCGUGGGAGAGAAGCAGAUGCGGUUCGCGCUCUCCGACCUCCCCUUCGAGGUGAACGCCGGCUUCGAGAAGGACGUGGAGAUGGUGUCAGCCCACCACCCCCUGGACCCCUCCUACGGCAGCUCCCUGGCGCUGAUGGGGGGCGAACACCUCCGCCCGCUCCGCCUGCCCCCCACAAACUGCAUUUCGGAGGUGACCCCCGUCAUCAGCUCCGUUUACACCCAACUGCAGCCUCUGCCGGGCCGCCUGGAGCUGCCGGGGGGCCGCGACGCCGCCGAGGGCCACGAGGACACGGCGGACGGGGCGCAGGCGCUGUACCGCGGGCGGGAGGCGGGCGCGUCGCCCACCAACGGCUGCCACGACUCCACGGACACGGAGAGCGUCCACGAGGAGCGGACGGCUCAGCCUCCGCCGGGAAACGGCAGCCGCCAGAGCCCGGCGUUCGCCAAAGAGGACCCGAAAGCGGCGGAGGGGGCAGCGCGCAACGCGGCCGGCGGCGGGCGGGAGGCGCUGCGCGUGGUGACCGAGGACGGGGAGCCGGUGCGAGCCUUCCGCUGCGAGCACUGCCGCAUCCUCUUCCUGGACCACGUCAUGUUCACCAUCCACAUGGGCUGCCACGGCUUCAGAGACCCUUUCGAGUGCAACAUCUGCGGCCACCACAGCCAGGACCGGUACGAGUUCUCCUCGCACAUCGUGCGGGGCGAGCAUAAGGUCGGCUGA